UUUAUAUAAACUUAUCAUGCAUUGACUGAUGUUAAUCUUUGUUUAACACCGAUGACGACUAGAAGAUCUAAGAAAUCAUUAUCUGUAGAAGAAUGUCAACUGAGAAAAGAUCUGAAAAGGGAAUUUCUCUAUUUCUGUCAGACAACUACUAUUCGUGGUGUUACAAGAGUUGUGAAUGCUCGAAAUCAGACCUUACAAUCAUUAUGGAUCGGAUCAGUGAUUCUCUUUUUUGGUGGUUUAUUUGUUUGCAUGUUCAUAUUAACUCGUCAGUAUUUGGAGUAUAAUGUGAUUCAUCCACCACAAGUGCUACGUGAUACACCAUCACCGUUUCCAUCAUUAACAUUAUGUAACCUAAGACCAUUAUCUUCUGAAGCUAGAAGUCUACUAAAGAAAUAUAACCUGAAGUCACCUAGACAAUUCGCCAUUGACGUGAACAACUUUGCUGCCAAAGCCUAUUAUUAUAGUAAUGAUAUACAUUCGUAUCAACAGGUUACUAGUGCAAUAUCGAUGGGAGGAUAUUUGGAGAGCCUACCUCAGAGUGUUGUUUCGAAACUUGGACACAAUCUGAGUCAUACAGUUAUUCAUUGUAUGGUAAUUCAUGCAGAGGGUAGCAAACGUGUUAUGAAUGAAUGUGGUCAAGUGGGUAGAUGGCGUCGUUUUAUCCAUGCACAAUACUUAAACUGUUAUACAUAUGAUAUACAUGAAGUUUAUCGUAAUCAUGUGAGAACAAUUGAAUUAUUUGUUUACUUGGAUGAAUCAAUGAAUGUUACAUCAUGUGCAGAUUGUUUUAGUUCAGAAAUAAAAUCUCAAUUAAGUGGAGCUGUGGUUACAGUACACAAUGCAGAGACUUAUCCAGAUAUUAAUCAAGAAGGUAUUAAUAUUCAACCUGGUAGUUUAACAGAAAUUAAAGUUAGAACUAUUAAACAUACACAAAAAACACCACCAUAUGGACGUUGUUCUCCAGAUACACCAACAAAAAUUAAUCUAUAUGGUUCACAAGUUUAUGCUUACUCAGAGCAUGCAUGUCGAAUGAGUACAAUUCAAAGCAAAAUCAAUUCACUUUGUGGAUGCAAUGCAAUUGAAUUUCCAUAUUUAAAUGAAAGUUUACCAUUUUGUCUUGAAAUGAGCUCAUUUGUCAAAGAAGGUAACUGUGAUAUUCAACAUUCAAUCGUACAAAACAAUAGAAUCUAUACUUCAUCAUUGAAUCAGUCAUUAUUCAAAAAUAUUACAUCAUUAACAAAUAACAGUCAAGAUGCAUCAAUUAUUAAAUUACAUUUAAAUGUCCAAUGUUUAUCUGAACUUGAAGCUGUAAAAAAUCGUGUCCUCUGUAAAUCAGAGGUUACUAAACAAUAUCAAGGUGACGUGGUUCUAUCAUGCACAUUACCAUGUGCUUUCUUUGCAUAUGAAACGGACAGAUCAACAUCAACUUGGCCUACAAAAUCAUGGCAAUUAAGUUGGCUAUCAACACGAGCUGGUAAGAAGGUAGUCAAUAGACCAGAUUUAGCUGGUUAUCGAAUAGCUAAACAACGUUUAGAAGCUUCUGAUGGCGAAGAAGAAGCACAAGAAUUUCUAACAAGAAGCAAUGUUUUAGAAAGGAAUUUAUUGGCCAUUAUGCUUAUCCGACCAAACUUCAAUGUCCAUAAAGUGGAUGAAAAGGAAGUCCUUUCGCUGACAAGUUUGCUAUCUCAAUCUGGUGGUUUGUUUUCCAUCUGGAUCGGUUUGAACAUGAUGUCUGUCAUAGAAGUGGUUGAACUAAUCAUCCAUCUUUUCACAAAAUGUAGAGUCUUUUCAAGGCAGAAACGACUUCGACGAAGUCAAAGACAGCAAAUCACAUAUGGCGAAUCAAUACUACAGACUAGCACCACGCACAAUGAAUUACAAGCAACAGAUCAAAUCAAUCUAGACAUCAGUAAAUGCAUCGAAUCAUAUAAGAAGGACGAUAAGAAUAUAAACAAUGGCCCAACGUUAACAUCUCCAAGAAGACGAUCCCCAAGUGCCCCUGAUCAAAUGCUACCUACAAAUAUAGUAUAACAUUCACCUGAUAUUCGAUCCAUAUAUCCCCUCAACAUGCACUAUAUUACAAGUACACUUGCAUUGGUUAACUACACCCGUGUUAUAUUUUUUAUCUUAAAUAAAAC